CACGAAUGAGACUGAAACAACAUGUGUGAAAAUGAUAGUUUUACUGCACCCUCAAGGUUUUAGAGAUACGUCGCAGGAAAACAACACAAGUACUAUUGAGCCGUUACCUAUCUCAAGCAGUCCCUCAACUAGACUUCGCUCCAUAACGGGAACUGAGAGCUUUGGAGCUACUUAAAAGUUUUAUACUGUACUGUAAAUAUCUCUGACGCUUCUAUUUUCGGACACUUUUUGUCCGAAAUUAAAAUCGUCAGAAAUUUUUUGCAAGUAAUAUAGCAAAUUUUGAGUAUGAGUUCGUCCUUGCAUUCUCUUUCAAGACUACAAUAUUUCCAUCUACUACCUUAUUCAAUGGUUUUACAGAUAAUUGAUACGAAUAUCAACGUAUAUCGUAAUAUUUCAUGUCAUCUAGAUCUUUAUGCCUUUUUACACAUUUUUUAUCCGAAGUAUUUGUUACAGCAUGUGUUUAUGACAAAAAAACCCAAUCGGUAUAUAUAUAGAUCGACAGCUAAGAGUUAUGAGAAAUCUUAAAUCCAACGAGAAAAAAGUAGUGUGAGACGUUGGGUCUAGACCACGAAAAGACAAUAAAUUCCCUGUACCGUUUUCUGCGUUCAACAGGCUCUGAUGGGCUCUAAGUAACAAUUAUUGAACGAGCUUACGUUAGACAUAAGAAUGGAGGACAGUCAACGUUGCGAAUAGCAUGCAUAGCGCAGAAUUGACUAAAUUGAAAAAAAUAUCCAACAAAUGUACGUGACUGAAAUAAAUUUUAGUGAACAAAAAACCCCUAAAUAUCGGUCAAUUUUGCAAAUUUAUUUUGUGAAAAACAACUGGAUGACGAUCUUGUCAACACUGCUGGGGUGUAUGGUAAAGUGGCCGAUAUCCAAUGGCCGGUAAGCCAAUCAAAGUCUAGAUUCUGAAAUUCCGAUUAUUCAACCGGCCAAUUCUUAAUGAUAUAAUAAAAGAGAUACCUCUACAUACGCAAUAAAAUAAAAAAUAGCCUUCAUUUGGCUCGGUAAUAUGCUCGAAUGUUCGUGGGCGGACAUUAUCUGUUCCGAGAUCAGCGAACAAUUUUCCGAGAGGUUCAAGUUCAAGUUAAAAAGUACAAGUUCCUGUUUCUUAAAAGAAAAAGGGAACUUGUACUUAGGCAUGUCAGAAUGGACUCUUGGUGUGUAUUUGAAAUUUAAAUGUUUCAAUUUUUUCUAUGGUUUCUACGUCACAGAUCAGAAAAGCUUAGCAUGCCUGUAAGCAUCUCGUGAGAGCUCUAUAUCCACGCAACCAUAGAGACGUUUUAACUUUUAAAACUACGUUGGUGGUUGGACUAAAACACUAAAUAUUUACUGACAAGUACAAAUAAAGGGUUAUUGAAUACCGUUUUUCGAUGAUAGUGAGGGUUAGGAGAACGUCACGAUAGGUGGCGCCAGAGGCACCUUUUAAUUCACAAAUUUUAAGUUGGGACAUUUUCAUAAUGGCGCCCACUUAGUUAUUAUACAAUUUUAUUUCACUGCUAGCUGAAAUCAUGCUGAUUGGGUUACCAAUUUCAUGGACAGGUGAAUCUCGACGUGGUGAACCAGUAUUUCAUAUAACACUUCUUCUCUGUCAAUCAGUUGCGUUGGUCAGUAAUAUUCUUACUUUAUUUUAGCCAAAGGAAACAAAACUAGAAACAUGUGGUUUACGGGGGUUUUAUGAAUAUGGAAUAUGCAGAUAAAUGGUAAAGAAGUUAACGAAUAUUUAUCUCAUUAAGCGCCAGGGGCAGUGUUUAUUAUUUUUUCAGUUUUUAAUGAUUUAAAUAGCUUUAUUUUUAUACAAUUUUAUUUUGGGCAAAAACCUCGAGUAAUUGUGCAUUCUCUUACUUCAUACAUUCAUUUUUCAAGGAUAGAGGUGAGUUUUACAUUUGCUGACUCCAUAAGGGCGCUUAUUCGAGUGAAGGCCCUUCAUCAAGGGCGGGUAUUUUUAAUCGACGAAACAUGUCAUUAUAAUUUUUAAUCGUGAAAAAUGAAUAUUCACGUGAGUAGUGGUCAAACAAAUGAAAAACAAUACCGCCAUGUCAGUCUUUCAAGGUCACUGAACGUGGGCAGACGUCAAAUACAGCAUUUAUUCACGUACGUGAACAGCUGGAUAAAUAUUGUACGCCUUCACAAAAGAAAUAAUUAUAAAAACAACCUAAUAUUCUGGAUGAUGAUCAGUUGACUUCUCAGUAAGAGUACCUAUGACUUUCAUCUAACUGUGAUGAAAUGACAAUUAAAAGGAUCAAGAAAGCAUCUUAUUGCUGAGUUGAAAAACUCGUGAGACGUUUAGUACUGCGGCCGAAUCUACAAUUCAAGAUCAUGAAAAAUCCUCUCUGUGACGAGCUACUGAUAUACCAGCCCACCGGUACCGAGGUUGAAGAUUUCUAUCCAUGGUACAUCGUUAGCUGUGCCUUGAACGUUCUCCUAACCAUUACCGCCAUCGCAUUAAACAGCGUCACAAUCCAGGCGCUAAGAAAAGCUUCCUCCUUGUCAAAGCCUCUAAGAACAUUGCUUCUGAGUCUUGCUUUUACUGACCUUGGUGUUGGUUUACUGUGCCAUCCUUUUAACAUCGCAUUUCUGAUCAAAUGGCUAAGGCAAAAUAUGGAAAACUAUCCAACUUGUGCUGCCUAUACAGCAUUUACGUUAAUCACAAACUCGUUGUCUAAAGCUUCGUUCUUCGGUAUCGCAGCUCUGAGUGUAGACAGGUUCUUGGCAAUUCACCUUCAUCUCAGAUACCAGGAACUUGUGACUCACAGGCGUGUUGGUGGUGUAGUAGUCGUGAUGUGGAUAUUGAGUGUGCUUUUUGCAUUGUUCAGGUUCUUGGUCUCUACCGAUAUUACUUACGUGGUUUUUGCAAUCAAUGGGAUAAUAUGUUACGUGGUCUCAGCGUGCCUAUAUUUCAGGAUUUAUUUGGCCGUGCGACGACACAAACAUCAAAUUCAAGCCCAGAAUGGUGAAAUGGCCGCAAAUGUUGCAAGCGCCAGCAAAUCUGCAGUCGGCACAUUUUAUGUGUAUCUCGUGUUUUUGUUUUGUUAUUUGCCGAAUAGUUUUAGUUUGGCUUUCAUCGCAUUACAGGGAUCAAAUGCCCAAACAAAGGUGUCCACAAUUUAUACAUGGACCCUGGUAUUACUCAAUUCAUCUUUAAACCCUGUUAUUUACUGCUGGAAGUUAAGACCCAUUAGACGCGCUGUCAUGGACAUACUGCGAAAUAUACUUUCACAACUGAGGAAAGCUUCGGAAUAGCCAGAGACAGUACUGGUUGGAUUAUAAAAAGCAAAAAUCAUCGCUUUAUCUGAUGUCGUUUUCUAAACUUAUUCAGGUUUGUCAUCUAACAUUUUAAACAGUUGAUUAAACCAUUUGAACCCACCCGGGUAAAUCAUUUACGCGUACCGGCCCGUAAUGUUAAGGUGUUCCUUUGUAUUAGGACGUAAUUGAACAGAGGGAAGUAGAAGUAGAAGAAGACGAAGAAGGAGUGGAAGAAAUUGUUCUUAAAAAUAUUCUGACAAAACGGGGCAAUAAGAGGUUAAUUCAUUCGUUUUUAUGAGUUAAUGUAAAUAGAGGAUGUACCUGGCAGCGAUAUCGGAGAGUAAAAGCAGAAUCAAGCGGCAAAAGAAGCUGCAUGCAAGGCAGUGAGCGAUUAUUACUCCACUGAAACAUUCACUGACAAGACGUGAGAAGCAACGUCUGUAAAGCAAUAUAAAGAGCUAAUUGAGUUCACUUGAUCACUGACACAUAUUAGAAAUAUUAAAAAUAUUCUGACAAAACGGAGCAAUAAGAGGUUAAUUCAUUCGUUUUUAUGAGUUAAUGUAAAUACAGGAUGUAACUGGCAGCGAUAUCGGAGAGUAAAAGCAGAAUCAAGCGGCAAAGGAAGCUGCAUGUAAGGCAGUGAGCAAUUUACUCCACUGAAGCAUUCACGGACAAGACGUGAGAAGCAACAUCUGUGGAGCAAUAUAAAGAGCUAACUGAGUUUACUUAAUCACUGACACAGUUAAGAGGAAUAUGACUUUGUUUACAAAACAAAAUAAGAGUAAAUGGGCCCCUCCCUUGAUAUUGUAAAUAGUGAAAAGGAAGCAAAUGUAAACAGUAAGAGGAACUUGUAAAUAAUAAAAUGAUUUUCUCAACCAAUCGCCAGGAGCUCUUAAUUCAAAUAUUUCUGGUCUAGUUCAGAGUGUUAUAUUGCGGCCGGAAGUAAAGAAACAGAGGGCACAAAGAAGCUCGACCGUUAUUAAGCUAGAUACAGUGGUGCAAAUUGCAAGUGAUGGCUUCCACCCAAAUCCGACAGAUUCAAAUGACGAAGUUGUGGCGGCCAUGUUGAAUGGCCAAAUUAAUUAAGCAAAAAAACAUGUCGGCAAUGACGUCACAUGAAACCCAAAAAUAUUGAUCGACGUUGAUUCAAAACAAUGUACGUGACCAGACUAAACAGCGCGCAUCAUUUUGUAGCUAUAAAUGCGUGGCAAGAUAUCAUGACCCUUAGUUCGGUCACGUUCAUUAAUGUGUGAAUCGAGGCAGGUUGGUUUGCACUGCAAUAGACGUUGAACUUCGUUUUCUUUUUGUGUUCCUGUUUUCAUCUCGUGAGCGCGUAGAUUUCAAUUUCCUCAUAAAAUUUAAGUUGGCCCUUGGAUUCAGGUUAAGGGUGAAAAUGACAGUUUAAUUUGGAGUCCAUUUGCUAUGUCAUUCAUAAUCCAUUUACCAUGUUAAAAACAAGUUCAGACUUACGGCGCUUUUACGGCGCUUAAUUUUCGUCCAUAACUUAGUCUAAGAGGAAUUAAUCGAUAAAGCAAUACCACUGAGAAGCAGGUGAUAUGCUUCUGGCAAUACUUAUUCCUUAAUUUUGAGCCAAUCAAAUCAAUUUUGCAGUUCACAGAGGUUUGCAGGCCGAGUGGACACACCACACACACGUCUUAUGAAUUUCGCUGGAAAAAAUAAAACGAACAAACAUUUUCUUAAUUAAACGGACUUAAUAAGCCUGUCAGCAAGGUUUUUGUUACGUCACUUUUGAAAUAACUUUCCAGAUGAGUUAAUUUGUACACAAUAACUUUAUAUAUCGUCGGCAACAUAGACGUUAAAACUUUAAAGAUAAGUGGCUGGACUACUUAGCAUUAAAUAUUCACUGAUUAAUACGACUAAAGGACCAUUGACCACCCUAUUUCCUCGCUCAAAGGGCGACCGAGGAACUUUGUUCAUAUUCCAGGUUACUAAUUUCCAUAAUUGCACUAGCUUUAUUUUCGUACAAUUUGUCUUUAUUAGCAGCCGUUUCGUAGAGGCUAUCGAGUUAGUUAUAAAGUCGGAAAUCGUAUCAAAAUAAAACUGCAAUGUUUUCUCACGCACUUCUUUUCUGUCUGAAUAAUUUUCGGUCGCUAGCCAA